GCAUCGUUAACCCUAAUUUCAUCUGCACUUCCGCUAUUCGUCGUAGAGUCCAAGGCCGCAGGCUGCGGUAGAUUGCAAAGGAAAAGACGGGCCGGAGAGGAUGCCGGCUGGUCAUGGUGUUCGUUCCCGCACAAGAGAUCUCUUCUCCCGUCCCUUCCGGAAGAAGGGGUACAUCCCCCUGACUACCUACCUUCGCACCUAUAAGAUCGGAGAUUAUGUCGACAUCAAGGUGAACGGCGCCGUUCACAAGGGCAUGCCGCACAAGUUCUACCAUGGCCGUACCGGUAGCGUCUGGAAUGUCACUAAGCGCGCCAUCGGCGUCGAAAUCAACAAGCAGGUUGGCAAUCGGAUUAUCAGGAAGAGAAUUCAUGUCCGUGUGGAGCAUGUGCUGCCUUCCAGGUGCCAAGAAGACUUCCGUGCGAGGGUGAAGAAGAACGACCAACUAAAGGCUGAGGCGAAAGCUAGAGGUGAAAUCAUCAGCACUAAGCGCCAACCAGAGGGCCCUAAGCCUGGCUUCAUGGUAGAAGGUGCUACACUUGAGACUGUCACGCCUAUCCCAUAUGAUGUGGUCAACGACCUCAAGGGUGGGUAUUAGUAUUUUCUUGGCCAUCUUAGUACAACUUCAAUGCUUGGUUUCCUAAGACUUAGUUUUGAGUUCUGUUAAUUCUGGAGAUUAAUAUAACCUCUUGUAGUUGAAUGCUUAAUUUCAUCCUCAUUUUUGUCCAUCAUGGAAAGACGCACCAUAUUUUCUUGGGCA